UUUACUACAAAGAUGUCCUCUCUGCUAGCUGCUAGCUUGGAAAUGGACAACAAAAUUACCAUAAUCUAAACGUUGCACUAAACUUUUUAGCACUAAUAAAACAGUGCGUUCCUUUGUAUAUUCAUCUGAGCUUCCAGAAGACUUCCAGAAAUGCAACUGAAGCAUCUAAAGACACUUUUAACCCCCCAGGAGGGUGCAGCAAAAGUGACCUGCAUGGCCUGGGCACCGAAUAACACCAAGUUUGCAGUUUGCACUGUAGACAGGGUGGUACUACUCUAUGAUGAGCAAGGAGAGAGGAGAGACAAGUUCUCCACCAAACCCCUGGACUCAAAAUAUGGAAAACAGAGCUAUGUUGUCAACGACAUGGUGUUUUCACCGGACUCGACCAAAAUUGCCAUCGGGCAGUCUGACAACAUCAUCUUUGUCUACAGAAUUGGAGAGGAUUGGGGUGACAAAAAAGCCAUUUGCAACAAAUUUGUUCAGACUAGUGCUGUGACUUGUUUGCUUUGGCCUGCAGAAUAUGCAAUUGUGUAUGGCUUAGUUGAUGGCAAGGUUCGUCUUGCCAACACACAGACGAACAAAUCAUCAACCAUCUACGGCACAGAGUCCUGUGUGGUUUCACUGGCAUCUAAUGUUUCUGGUAAAGGCAUCCUGUCUGGCCACGCUGAUGGAACAGUUGUACGUUACUUCUUUGAUGAUGAAGGCUCAGGGGAGUCUCAGGGAAAGCUGCUGAUGCACCCCAGCCCACCCUACGCCCUGGCCUGGGGUGCAAACAGCAUCAUGGUGGGCGGCUGUGACAAGAAGGUGUUAGCCUACGGCAGGGAGGGUCACAUCCUGCAGACCUUCGACUACACCCGGGACCCGACGGAGAGGGAGUUCACGGUGGCCGCCACUAGCCCCAGUGGGCAGUCUGUGGUAUUUGGCAGCUAUGACCGGUUGAGGGUGUUUAACUGGGCACCAAGGAGAGGUGUGUGGGAUGAAGCUAAACCGAAAGAGAUUCUGAACCUCUACACCAUCACAAGCCUGGCCUGGAAGAAAGAUGGAUCACGCCUCUGCGCUGGAACUCUGUGUGGUGGAGUGGAGCUGUUUGACUGCUGCUUGAGGAGGGCAAUCUAUAAGAACAAGUUUGAGAUGACCUACGUUGGACUGAGCCAGGUGAUAGUAAGGAACCUCUCCUCAGGAACACGUGUGGUUCUCAAGUCCUACUAUGGUUACGAGAUUGAAGAAGUCAAAAUCAUGGGCAAAGAUCGAUACCUGGUGGCUCAUACCUCUGAUACUCUGCUUCUGGGAGACCUGUUGACCAACAAACUGAGCGAGGUGCCAUGGCCCGGUUCAGGUGGAAAUGAAAAGUUCUUCUUUGAAAAUGACACAGUGUGUAUGAUUUUUAACGCUGGGGAGCUGAGCCUGGUCGAAUACAGUAACAAUGAGAUACUGGGAUCAGUCAGAACGGAAUUUAUGAACCCUCACUUAAUCAGUGUCCGUCUGAAUGAGAGGAGACAGAGAGGAGUUGAUGACAACAAGAAACUUGCAUAUCUGAUUGAUAUAAAGACCAUCGCUGUCGUGGACUUGGCCGGAGGCUACAAUCUGGGAACCAUCAGCCACGACUCCAAGAUUGACUGGCUGGAGCUCAAUGAAACCGGACGCAAACUGCUUUUCAGGGACAAGAAGCUGCGGCUCCAUCUGUACGACAUAGAGACCUCUGUGAAAACCACACUGCUGAGUUUCUGCUCCUACGUCCAGUGGGUUCCCGGCAGUGAUGUGGUGGUCGCCCAAAACAGGGGGAACCUCUGUAUAUGGUACAGUAUAGACAGCCCAGAGAGCAUCACCAUGUUCCCAGUCAAGGGAGACAUUGUAGAUCUUGAAAGAGCUGAUGGAAAGACAGAUGUGAUCGUGACAGAAGGUGUCAACACGGUGACAUACACUCUGGAUGAAGGCCUCAUUGAGUUCGGCACCGCUAUUGAUGAUGGCGACUAUGAAAGAGCCACAGCAUUCCUGGAGACUUUGGAGAUGUCACCAGAGACUGAAGCCAUGUGGAAGACGCUCAGCAAACUGGCUCUGGAGGCUCACCAGCUGCACAUUGCAGAAAGGUGUUUUGCUGCAUUGGGCGACGUCUCAACCCUUCGCUUUCUCCACCAAACAAACCAGAUUGCUGACAAAGUGUCAAAGGAAAUGGGAGGAGAUGGGACAGAGUUUUACCAGGUCCAAGCCCAUGUGGCCAUGCUGGAUAAAAACUUCAAACUGGCUGAGAUGCACUACAUGGAACAGAACGCCAUUGAUGAGGCGAUUGAAAUGUACCAGGAGCUCCACAUGUGGGACGACUGCAUUGCUGUGGCCGAAGCUAAGGGCCACCCGGAGCUGGAAAUCCUCCGUGGAAACUACUACCAGUGGUUGACGGAGACGGGUCAGGAUGAGAAGGCAGGAGAGGUGAAGGAGAAUGAGGGAGACUUCCAGGGGGCCGUCAACCUGUACCUGAGGGCGGGGCUCCCAGCUAAAGCCGCCCGUCUGGCCAUCAGCCGGAUGGAGAUCACCAACAACAGCGACACCGUUAAUCGCAUCGCCUCCAGUCUCAUCAAGGGAGAGUUUUAUGAAAGAGCAGGAGAUCUGUAUGAGCAGAUUAGGAACAACCAGAGGGCUUUGGAGUGCUACUGCAAAGGCGGUGCUUUCAGGAAAGCGGUGGAACUGGCUCGCAUCGCGUUCCCUGCUGAGGUGGUGAAACUGGAGGAGGCCUGGGGAGACUACCUCAUCCAGCAGAAACAGAUGGACGCCGCCAUCAACCACUUCAUUGAAGCAGGCUGCUCCGUUAAAGCCAUCGAAGCAGCCAUCGCAGCUCGGCAGUGGAAGAAAGCCGUCCACAUCCUGGAGUUACAGGACGAUUCGUCAGCAGGAAAAUACUACGUGAAGAUCGCUCAGUACUAUGCCUCCAUGCAAGACUAUGAGGUGGCAGAGCAGCUGUAUGUCAAAGGAGGUCACAUUAAAGAUGCUAUAGACAUGUACACGACUGCAGGACGCUGGGAGGAGGCACAUAAGUUGGCAGUGAAGUGCAUGACAGAGGAGGAGGUCAUGGCUCUGUACGUCAGCAGAGCACAGGAGCUGGAACGAGACGAGAAGUUUCAGGAGGCUGAAAGGCUGUUUGCCACAGUGAAGCAGCCUGACCUCGCCAUCACCAUGUACAAGAAGAACCGAAUGUUUGAUGACGUGAUUCGCUUGGUGGCUAAGCAUCACCCCGACCUGCUGACCGAGACCCACCUCCACCUGGCCAAGGAGUUGGAGGCUGAAUCCAGGUUCUCAGAGGCAGAGUACCACUUCAUGGAGGCUGAAGAGUGGAAGGCAGCGGUCCACAUGUACAGAGUCAAUGACAUGUGGGAGGAUGCACACCGGGUGGCUAAGAGCCAUGGAGGACCCAGCGCCCAGAAGCAGGUGGCCUACCUGUGGGCCAGGAGUCUGGGUGGAGAGGCUGCUGUGAAGCUGCUCAACAAGUUCGGUUUGCUGGAAUACGCCAUCGAAUUCGCCUCCAAUAACUUUUCUUUUGAUUUUGCCUUUGACCUGGCUCACCUUGCAUCUAAGGACAAGAUCCCAGACAUUCACCUCAAACAUGCCAUUUACCUGGAGGAUGAGGGCAAGUUUCCUGAGGCUGAGGUUGAAUUCAUCAAAGCAGGAAAACCCAAAGAAGCCGUGUUUAUGUAUGUUCAUAACAAGGACUGGGCCAAUGCACAGCGGGUGGCUGAGAGCCACGAUCCAGAGAGUGUGUCAGAGGUUCUGGUUGGCCAAGCCAAAUUCUGCUUUGAACAGAAAGAUUUCCAGAAGGCUGAAGCGUUCCUGCUCCGAGCCCAGAGACCAGAACUGACAGUAAAAUACUACAAGGAUGCAGGCAUGUGGAGUGAUGCAAUGAGAAUCUGUAAGGAAUAUCUCCCCAACAAACUGUCAAUGCUUCAGGAAGAAUAUGAGAAAGAGACGGCCAAAAAGGGAGUCCGCGGUGUGGAGGGCAUCCUGGAACAGGCAAGAGAGUGGGAGCAGUCGGGUGAAUAUUCUCGAGCUGUGGAGUGUUACCUGAAGGUGAAAGAUGACUCCAACACAGCACAGAUGGAGAAAUGCUGGAUGAAGGCAGCAGAAUUGUCCAUCAAGUUCCUCAAUGCAGACCGAGCGGUUGAGGUGGUUCAGGUGGUCGGACCACGUCUCACACAGCUGAGGAAGUACAAAGCUGCUGCUGAGCUGUACCUGAACCUCGAUCUCAUCAAAGAGGCCAUAGAUGUUUUCAUCGAGGGUGAGGAGUGGAACAAAGCCAAGAGAGUUGCCAAGGAGCUGGAGCCAAGAUAUGAGGAGUAUGUUGACCAGAAGUACAAAGAGCACCUUAAGAACCAGGGCCGAGUGGAGUCUCUGGUGGGCGUGGACGUCAUGGCUGCUCUGGAUAUGUACGCAGAGAGAGGACAGUGGGAGAAAUGUCUGGAGACAGCGUCCAAACAGAACUUUAAGAUUCUGCAUAAAUACGUAGCUCUGUACGCUACACACCUCAUCAAGGAGGACGAUGCACAGAAGGCCCUGCAGCUCUACGUUCAGCAUGGAGCUCCACCCAACACACAGAACUUUAACAUCUACAAGCGCCUGUUUCUGGACCUGAUAAACCUUCCUGACACUGAUACACCAGAGUGUUACCGAAUGUGGGCGGACCUACGCAACUUUCUGCUGCAACUGUGUGAGAACAUCUCCAAAUCAGCUGAAGCCAACUCUCCGGCUCAUGAAGACUUCGAACAGAUGCUGCUGAUCGCCCACUACUACGCCACUCGAUCUGCCGCUAAAGGAGUGGAGCAGCUGAUCGGUUUGGCUGCCAAGCUGUCGGUGUCUCUACUGCGUCACACUGAGAUCGUUCCGGCUGACAAAGCUUUCUACGAGGCGGGCCUGGCCUGCAGGGCCGUUGGCUGGGCAAACAUGGCCUUCAUUUUCCUUAACCAUUUCCUGGAUCUGUGUGAUGCCAUCGAUGAGGGAAACCUGGACACUCUGGACCACUCUGACUUCCUGGAUACUGACAUUCCCUUUGAGGUUCCAGUUCCCACCAAACUCUGUGUCACGGAUGCCCAGCGUGAACAGAUCCGUGACUGGGUGCUGAUGGUGUCCAUGGAUCAUCGCCUGGAGCAGGUCCUGCCUCGAGAUGAGAGGAACACAUAUGAAGCCUCGCUGGUGGCCGCCAGCACUGGCCUUCGCUCGCUGCCCUGCAUCCUCACUGGAUACCCUGUGCUGAGGAAUAAGGUCGAGUUCUCGGCUGCGGGGAAAGCGUCAAACAAGGACGACUGGAACAAAUUCCUCAUGGCCACAAAGACAUCCCACAGUCCCGAGUGUCAGGACGUCCUCAAGUUCAUCAGCCAGUGGUGUGGAAGUCUGCCGGCCACUGGGUUCUCCUUCCACUGACACACACUCACACAGUAAACCUCACCUUAAAUAACCCCCUAUAAGUA